AAUGGCUGACAACGUAGUUGAGAAAAGUGAAAACAAAACUGGGAAAAAAAGAAAAUCUACACCAAAUAAAUGGUCAAAGACUGCAAUAAAGCGUGCCAAAGCUUCAGGCGAUGCUCACAAAAACCAUGUUGGAAAGGAUGUUGAUGAAAGGAGCCAGCACUAUGUGGACUGCAGGUGCAAAUGCCUAGAGAAGUUUAACGAUGGAGAAAGGAGUAAUAUUUUAAAAGAAUUUAAUGAGCUUGCCGAACAUGAGAAACAAAACAUUUAUUUAAGGGGUUGCAUUUCUGUAAAAGAAGAAAACACUAUCAGGCGAAAGCAGAGUCAGGCAGCCCCCAAAACAUUCCGUAGCAGCUACAGCUACACAAUAAAAGAAACUGGCUCACCUAUACCUGUGUGCAAAAAUGCUUUUUGUGCUCUGCAUGGUAUUAAGGAAUCACGCCUGAAGAAAAAAGUCCUGAACUUUGAAGACCCCCUACAAGACUUAAGAGGAAAGCAUGGCCAUCACAAAAAACUUAAUGAUGAGAUUCGCCAAGCAAUCCGUCAACAUAUUUCUUCAUUUCCUGCAAGAGAAAGCCACUAUUCUCGAGCAGACAAUAGAAAAAGGAUCUACCUAACCUCUGACCUUAACAUUUCUGAGAUGUUUAGGUUGUUUUUGGAACAACACCCAGACAUGAACACUAUGGCCAAAGAAUGGAUCUAUAGAGAUAUUUUGAACUUUGAAUUUAAUAUUAGUUUUGGGUUUCCACGCACAGAUAUAUGUGACACGUGUGAAAAAUUUAAUGCUGAUAUUAAAUCUGCCACUGUCAACAGAAAUAAUGAUUUGGUUUUCAAACUAAGAACUGAACAUGAAGUUCACAAAAGAAAAGGGGAUGCCUUCUAUGAGCAGAUAAGAGAGGAUAAGCAUCUUGCUCUUUCUACUAAUGAUACUAAAGUCAUAGCUAUGGAUUUCCAAAAGAACCUGCCUCUACCUGUUACUGGGAUUGGCCAGGAGUACUACAAAAGACAGCUGGCUGUGCAUAACCUUGGCAUUCAUGAUGUUUGCUCUGGAAAUGCUUCGAUGUACAUUUAUGCAGAAAAUUUUGCUAACAAAGGACCCAAUGAGGUUCUUUCAUGUCUGGAACACUAUAUAGAAGAAUUGCCGGAGUCGAUAAGAAAACUGGUCAUUUUCACAGAUAAUUGUUUUUCUCAAAGCAAAAACCGAUACAUUGUUGCUUUUUUGCAAAAUUUAUGUAAUACUAAACUGACUGAAGUUGUUAUUAAGUACCCAAUUCCUGGUCACAGCAGAAUGCCAUGUGACAGAGACUUUGGCAGAAUUGAAAAAAAAAAAAUUAAAAACAGAUAAGUGUUAUAAGCCUUCUGACCU